CACUAUACUUUUUCACGCAGGUGGUAAUGGCCCCACAUGAACCGCCAGUGGUGUUUGUGGAUAACUACAUCAAGCUCCUGGCUGAUGGCAAUCCUGAGACCUUCCAGAAGAUUUUGGACAUGAAGGGUCUGAAGCGCAGUGAACAGAGCAGCAUGCUGGAGCUCUUCAGGCAGAGGCUGCCCACUCCACCUUCAGGGGCUGACGGUGGCCCGUCUUUGUCCUUCAGCGCCCCGACCCCAGAGCAGGAGUCGUCCCGCAUCCGUAGACUAGAGAAACUGAUCAAGAAGAGACUCUAAUCAGAAAGGCACUGAACUUACAUAAAGGACAGUCAAAAGGCUGUAGGAUAAGACCUAAAUUUAUUCCUCUCACAAACUCCCAUCAUGACUGAAGGGACCAUGAAGAAUGACACAAAGAGAAAAAAAAAAGAAAGUUGCUUAACUUUUCUGACUGUGAUGUUGAACUGAGUUGAUGUCAAAUUAUGAAGAAACCUCUUCAACUGAUCCUUGCUGUUGCUACAUAUGUCAUCCACUUAUGUAAUUUCCUCUUGCUUUUCGUGACACUAAUGUCUGGGCUUUGUAGCACUGGUACAUGGUUGCACAGUACAUUUGCACUCACAGGACAGAAUGUAGUGCUGUCAACUAAAUUCUGCUCAGUAAUCCACUGGCUGCCUCUGGGAUGUGUCUAAUCCAAGAUGAUCACCAGCAGCCUGAUCUUACUUAAAGUUGAUGUUUUCUGAAUAUAGUGCACUCCAGCGAUACCCAGGGCGUUGCUCAAUUAUUUUAAUUUAAAGUGAGGGAUACUGGGUCCAAUUCUGUGUGCAUCUCUGCAUUCCAUUAAAGUGAGAAUGCGUCAUAGGUGUCGGCAUAGUUUCUGUGAACGGUGACCUAAAACAAAUCACUAAGCCUGAGAAAAAUCACAUGAGGCCGAGGUUGACUUGGAAAGUAGCUAAUCGAAGACUUUGGGCUUGGGACUUUGCCUAGAACAGGCCGAUGAUGGUAUACUGCAUGUAAACAUAAGCACAUAAUGUGUGUGGUCAGUCCUGUUUUGUAAGGUCAAAAGUAUUCUCAGACAAUUUAAUCAUCGCUGUCUCUUGAUUUGACAUAUGCUAAAAUGUGUUCAUGCAAGAAUGUGUAUUUGUCUGUUCCAUCUACACUUUGCUGUACUUGCAGGGCAAUUUACAAACUGUUAUUUGUGAAUUAAGUAUUUAUCCUAGAAAUACACUGAAACUUAAGAACUGUCUCAACACUUGUGGGAACUGACCUUUUGUUUAUCCUCAUGUAUGUCAAACACAGCAGGUAUGCCACAGACUGCAACCAAGGUUCCCUGAUUCCCUGCACAUCAAAUAAAAUGUAAAUGCAU